AGAAAACGAAGCAAAAGACAAAAACGGAAACAUUUCCCAAAAAAAUUCUACUGAAUUUCCCAGUUUUCUUGAACAAUUUAGAAUAAGAUACGGUCGUUCGAGAUUCAUUGAAUAUUCCUUGUGGCAGUGUUUGGAGUAGGAGGUGAUCGCAAUUUUCCUUCUUCGAAUUUUCUGGAAACCGGUGUGGAAGCGGAGGUGUUUACGUAUCUUCAUCUUUAAUUAUUACCAGGCUGGCCGGAAGAACAGCUUGUCCGUUGAUCGUUGAUCGUUCGAUAUCACCUUUUUUUGUUAUAUUGUUUAGUGUAUUUGUUAAGGUUGUUAAAGGAGUGAUAAGAGGUUAGUCUGUCUCUUAUCACUUCAUCACGGAGACAAUCGACAAUCAAACGAGUAGCAGGAGCUAGUCCAAGGAACUGGAUACUUUGAACGUUGAUCCCACAUCCGUUGGAUUCUUCUCAACAUGGCCCAAAUCGAGCAAGGCACUAUCGUGAACAUCAUGCGCAGUGACGGUCGGAUACAUUCGGCGAUGGUGUCGUGUGUCCACCCGGACUCCCGCUCGGUCACAGUGGAAUGGUAUGAGCGUGGCGAGACGAAGGGCAAGGAGAUGGAUCUGGACAUGUUGCUGGAGCUUAACCGAGAAGCGCUCAUGGCGAAUGAGGAAGCACCGAUUAGAGUGACAAACGUUGACCGAGGACAGACAGAUGAGCGCCCGGUGACCGAAGACAGACCGCAAGGGCUGAGGGAGAGCAGGAUCCCACCGCCGAAGAUGAACCCGGUGAAUCGUCAAUCGAACUCCUUCAAUGAUGAUGGUGAUGAUGAUGAUGACGAUGAUAAGGAUGCGAAACCAGAUGAGCCAAGGAACCCGACGCAAGCGGUGAUCCGGUUCCAAAAUCUGAAGGCCAGUCGCCAAACCGUGGUGGCGGGAGCUGGUGCUCCACCCUCGACUGCAGCAGCUGGGAUCGUUCCUCCACCCUCCACGGCAUCGGCUGCGGUCGCUGCUGCACCCUCAACGGCAGCGGCAGUAAAACGGUCGACACAAGCCGCAGAUACGCAACGACGACAGGCGCCGACAAAUGGUAAUCGAGCAUCGACCAUUGGCACUCAACAGUCGCAAUCCAAUGCUGGUGGUUCCGGCGUACCGGCAGUGAGCGGUUCCGUUCCACGCCGCUCAUCGUGCGUGGUCUCGGUGGGCCAGAUGGAGGAAAAUCGGGCGCGGCAGCGGGACAAGUUUAAGGUGAUGCGUGAAAAGAAAAACGCUCUCAUGAACCAGGACGGUGGCAAUCCGAACUGGGAAUUCGCCAACAUGAUUCGCGAGUUCCAGAGCACCAUCGAAUUUCGGCCGCUCGCGGACGACCAGCAGGUCCCCUGUCUGCCGAUUACGGUUUGCGUGCGAAAACGGCCACUGAGCAAAAAAGAGAAGACACGCAAGGACAUCGACGUGAUCUGCGUACCAAACUCAGAAACGCUGCUUGUGCACGAACCAAAAACAAAGGUUGAUCUGACAAAGUAUCUGGAAAAUCAAAAGUAUCGCUUCGAUUACGUUUUCGACGAAACGUGCUCGAACGAAACAGUAUACAACUACUCGGCCAAGCCGCUAGUGCAGUCGGUGGUCGAUGGCGGAAUGGCGACCUGCUUUGCCUAUGGCCAGACCGCUUCCGGCAAGACCCACACUAUGGCGGGCACUUUCACUGGCAGACCGGGCCAGCAGAACUGCCAGAACGGCAUCUACGCGCUCGCGGCAAAUGACAUGUUCGAUCUUCUGCAGAGUCCGCAGUACGCUGAUUAUAAUUUUAUUGUGACGGCCAGUUUUUAUGAAAUCUACAGUGGAAAGGUGUUUGAUCUGAUGGCAGAUAAACGGAAGCUCCGGGUUCUCGAGGACGGCAAAAAACAGGUGCAGCUUGUCGGACUAAAGGAGAUGGAGGUCUCUUCGGUGGAAGAGGUACUCGCUGUCAUCAGUGCUGGUAACAGCGUUCGUACAUCUGGCCAGACUACCGCCAAUGCCAAUUCGUCGCGCUCGCACGCUAUUUUUUCGCUUACUUUGCGGGUCGCAAACUCGCCACCGUCCGACAUCUGGGGUAAAUUUUCGUUCAUUGAUCUGGCCGGUAGCGAGCGGGGAGCGGAUACGUCUGCCUUGGACCAACGCACUCGCUCGGAGAGUUCGGAUAUCAACAAGUCGCUGUUGGCGCUGAAGGAGUGUAUUCGUGCGCUCCAUGUACCGGCCCGUGGCCGUAAGACUCGUCUCCCUUUCCGGGGCAGCACGCUAACGAUGGUACUACGUGACUCCUUCAUCGGAGAAAAAAGUCGAACUUGUAUGAUAGCGAUGAUUGCACCGGGCAUGUCGUCCUGCGAGCACACGCUCAAUACACUUCGUUACGCGAACCGUGUCAAGGAGCUGGUUGUGAUGGAUGCAUCCGCCACCCCUGGUGGGCCGACCGCGAACGGUGAGGAUGAGCUGGAAGAUGAUUCGGCGCUCCUGCAAGCGUUAAACGACAAUGAAAUGUCAAUGGAAGCAUUCAACCAUCACGCAGCCAUAACAGAGCUGCAACAAAAGGAAGAGGAAGUUGUUGAUAACCAUCAGCGGGUGCACGAGUUUAUGGAAAAGUCCAUCCAAGAAUCUCGGAAGUUAUUAAAUCUUGCCAACACAGUAUACUGCGACCAGCUCGCGUAUGCUAAGGCCUGUAAGAGCCUAUUCAGCACUCUAGCAGAAAAUGCAUCCAUGAUGAGCGGUUUAUUGACGGAGUUCGAGACAAUGCUGCUCCAGGAGGAGAUGGCAUCCCAGGCGGCUCACCAGUACUAAAACUAUUUUUUCUCUAAUCCGUUUCUUCUUAAUUUUGGGGAUACAGAAACUAAGGACAUGCCGCAGUUCAGAUCAUUGCCAUCUUUACAUAAAAUAAUGAUAAUUUUUGCAUCUUUCCCAUUCUUGUUUUCUGAUUCCGCGCGUUUAUGCGCCGAUGGUAAUGAUCCUUAUUGUGACACUAGUUGCUUUAUCCGCUAAAAUUAACGAAGAAUGUAUGUAGCGGAGAAUAAUAUGUUGUGAAUUGUUAAUGCGAGAAGAGUGUUAUAUCUUGUGGCUAUCUAUUUUUUUAAAAUAAUAUUGUAUUGAAUGGCUGGAA